UCUGUCAUUCAGUGUUACAGGAGCACAGCCACAAGUCCAAAACACAGGUAAGACUAUUAUAUAUUUCACAGUAUAUAUAUGUGUGUGUAUAAUAGUGAUAACAACAAUACCAGUAAUACUCUGCUUCUAUUCAGCUGAACACAUUUAAAAGGAAAAAAAUAUUUAUUUGCAAUGCGAAAGGAAAGCUAACUUUGUAUUUAUUUUUAUUCACUUUUUUAAGGAUGCACGUCACUCUGGCCCUUCUUUAUGUCUCUCUUGUGGUGAUGCCGGGAUGUCUUCCCACGAAGGGAGAAUCUAUCAGAAAUACCAUAAACAGCAUAGUAAACAUAGCUCAGAUAACCCUGGUCCACAUUAGGAAACUAAGGACAAAGUUGCCGGUGGCUCCACAGAUAGAAGUCAACACUCCUUCCAUUGAGGGACUAACUAGUAUCACUCAUGACCUUGGACUUUUGGAUAAUGAACUGCAGAGCCCUUUCACAGACCUCCUCAGCCAGAUCCAGGCUGAUGUCUCCAGCUUGGAGGGAAGGGUACACUCCCUGGCCCAGACAAUGGACUGUUCCAUCCGGGCUAGACCCGAAGGAGAAACCAGUGACAAUUUGUUCCCGGACAGUCACCUUUACUUGACUCUGAUGAAGGUGCAGCGUUACCUGGAAAAGCUUCUUCUUAACAAGGACAAGCUCAAGGUCUGCUGA